CACGUUUCCAUAUGCACAUGCACUCACCAUGAAGCUGGCACGGUAUGUCGCGUUGUGCGUGAGCCUACUGUGGUUCGCAGAGCCUGUGAAUGGAGGAAACAUCUUAGUUUGGCACACUGAAGGAAGCCACUGGAUUAACCUCAAGCCGGUCCUGGACGUUCUGAUGGACAAGGGACACAAUGUGACAGUCCUGAUUCAGAGUGCCACCAUUUUCAUGAACCCCAACGAACCCUCUCGCUUCAACUACGAACCGUUCAACGUCACCUCCUCUUUCGAGGAGAUGAACGACUUUCUCGAGGAAUUCAUUCACUUCUCCAUGUACGAGAUGGAACAUCUCGACCUGUUUCGCCUCCACGUGAAGUUCCUCGACCUCAUGCAGAGGGACAUGCGUCUGUCUCUGAAGGUGUGCGCCGGGCUCCUCCAGUCAGACGGAGUCAUGGGGAAACUGAAGGCGGCCAAGUACGACCUCCUGCUCGCUGAUCCCAUCUACUACUGCAGUGACCUCCUAGCAGACGUUCUGGACGUCCCUCUGGUGUACACCCUGCGUUUCUCCAACGCUUUCACCUGGGAGAGGCUGUGCGGCCAGAUGCCCGCACCCCCCUCCUAUGUUCCUGGAGUCAUGAUCAAGUACACGGACCAGAUGAGCUUCUCUGAAAGGUUCUGGAAUUUCCUGUUUUAUGCGUCUCAGGAUGUGCUUUCGUACAGCAUGUGGAGGGAGCUGGAUAGGUUCUACAGUGAGGUCAAAGGGAAGCCGGUGACUUUUUGUGAGACAAUGGGCAAAGCAGACAUUUGGCUGAUCCGCACAUAUUGGGACUUUGAGUACCCCCGCCCCUUCCUGCCUAACUUUAAGUUUGUGGGAGGGAUCCACUGUAAGCCUGCCAAACCCUUACCAAAGGAUAUGGAGGAGUUUGUGCAGAGUUCGGGGGACGAUGGGAUUGUGGUCUUCACCCUUGGGUCCAUGAUCAAGAACAUGACCAUGCAGAGGAGCAAUGUGAUCGCCUCGGCCCUGGCUCAGAUUCCACAGAAGGUGCUAUGGCGACACGGCGGGGAGAAGCCAGAGACCUUGGGGAACAACACGAGAAUUUUUAACUGGAUGCCACAGAACGACCUGCUGGGUCACCCAAAGACCAAAGCUUUCAUCACACAUGGUGGAACCAAUGGGAUCUACGAGGCCAUCUACCAUGGUGUUCCCAUGGUGGGGAUCCCCAUGUUUGCUGAUCAGCCCGACAACAUGGAACACAUGAAGGCCAAGGGAGCUGCCGUCAUCAUGAACUUCAACUCAAUGCAAACCCAGGACCUGGUGGACGGACUCAAAGCGGUCAUUUACGACCCAUUGUACAAGGAGAAUGCUAUGAAGUUGUCCAGGAUUCACCAUGACAGGCCCAUCAGCCCUUUAGACGAGGCCGUGUUCUGGAUCGAGUUCACCAUGAGGAACAAAGGAGCUAAACACCUGCGGGUCCAGGCCCACCAGCUCGCCUGGUAUCAGUAUUCGUGUCUGGACGUGCUGGCCUUCCUCCUGGCCUUCACCCUGCUGCUCACCUUCCUCUUCGUCAAAACAUGCAGCUUCUGCGUCAGGAAGUGCUGCGGCCGUGGGGGGAAACCCAAAAGCAAGGCAGACUGAAUCAACCAGGGAACGAGAGUCUUUGCCUGCUCGUUUGAGGGUGAAAGAUUCUGGGGUUAUCGGUCGCAUGCUUGUCAGUUUGCCUAGCACACCCUGUGUAUGCUCAUUCAAAAGAAUUAGCAACCAAGCCAGCAUUUUAUAUGGGGCACACACAAUAUAAUUACACUUAUUGUUAUCAGGUGUGCAUUUAACGUUUUCCCAAUUGACAUAAUUGCUAAGAGCUGGUGUCAACCCAAUUAUAAACAAUAUCUCUAUUAGAAAAUGUAGCCAAGAAUCAAUAAAUAACACAAUGUUUA